AAAGGUAACAUUUUUUAUCAUCCAUUAGAGCUAUAAAUAUUUCACAUUUCAUAUUUUCACCCUUCUCACAGGAACAUGGUUAUUGCUUCGACACCAUCGGAAGGAAAAACCGAAACCAUGAUGGCUGCUUCAUCAUCAUCAUCAUCAUUAACAUCAAGCAUCAUCACCAUGCAUCAUGACAUCAUCCAUACACACAUCCUCACACGCCUCGACGCCGCCACGCUGGCGACAACCGCCUCCACUUGCUCUCACCUCCGCCACCUCUGUAUAGACGACAAUCUCUGGCGAAAAAUCUGCACCGCCACGUGGCCUUCUUUAGCAGACCCCACCACCUGCCACAUCAUCUCCACUUUCCCGAACCGCCACCGUUCGCUCUUCUCCGACGCAUUCCCGGCACUUCAUCAUUUAUCUUGCAACUCAAAGCCUCUUUCGUCUCCUCCUCCGAUAGAGAUCAUCUCCACCGUGGAUGUUUUUUACAAAGGUAAACCGGUGUUCUCGAGAGUUCGGCGAACCGAAACAACGAAGAAUUCGUUUCUUUCAUCUCCGCUAUGGAUUGAAAUUCUAGAGCCGAAUGAGUUAGUUCCGACGGAGGUGAAGUUCGUGAGAAAGGACGAUGAACUGCUGAAGCAUUUGGAGGAGAAUUUAUCUUUAAGCUGGAUCCUAAUCGAUCCAACCGGGAAACGAUCGGCGAAUGUUUCGAGCCGGAAACCGGUUUUAGUACGGCGGCACUGGCUAACAAGAGACGUGGAGAUUCUCUUUGCAGUGACGAUGGCGGGGGAGGCGCGACGCGCGACGGAGACAGUGCAGUGUACGGUGAAGGUCACGUGCUGUGGGAAAGUCGGAGGGGAGUUGCACGUGAGGGAGGUGAGUUUAGUGAUGGAGGAUAUGGAUGGAGGGAAGGUGAGUGGGAAAGAAGGGGUUAUGAUUUUGCAGAAGGCAAUGGAGUUUGGGGAGAGGAAGAAAGUGGGUGAAGUGGGAGAGAUGAUGGAGAGGUUUGAUAGGUUUUUGAGUGUGGUUAGGGAGAGGAGAGAGAGGAAAUAUAGAAGACAGAAGGAAAGGGAUGGUGUUUCUAUGGUGGUUGCGUUUGUUGUUUGUGUUUGGUUUUGUUACCUUGCUGGUUUCUGAGGGUGGCGUUGACUUUUUACUACCAUGUUUACAAUGAUUGUGAAAAUUUACAAAACAUUUACUAUUGACAUGUUUUUUCUUUAAUAGUAAACCAUGUGAUCAUAACCACUACUAGAAUAUUAUAUUACAUAUACUGCUAUACCAAUAAUUUCAUGUUAUGGUUCAAUGAUUCAAUUAUGUUACCUAAUUCUAACAUAAUUUUAUUAUUCAACGAUUGUAAUCCAGUCAUUAUUUCACUGUAAACUCCAUCUAUCCCUUUAAUACUCUAGAGAGCUUCUACGGUGAAGUUGUAAAAAUGACAAUUUAAAAAAAGUUAGUAUUUGGAAAUAAAUAUAGUGUUACAAGA